UUACAAUUUUGCUACUCUUUUCGUCGGUACGGCGAACGGUUGAACGUGGGGACGAGUCUUUUUUCUUGGUUUGCCAAACAGUCGAAAUCACAUUUUGUUUAUGAACACAGUGCCGAUCAGAAAUUAGUCCGUUGCGUUAUUUAAUUUCCACCACAACAUUGACAACAUUAAUGGAAAGUCAAAAAGAGUCAAUGCCACCGAACGGCACUUAAAAUACUUACAACAACAAACAGCGAAAGAAAAGUUCAAUGUUAAUGCGUUACAUAAAAUUGCAAUAGAAUUUGUAACAUUCAAUCAUAUUCAAUAUUUGGAGCUGACACACAAAAAAGUUGUUUUAAUGCCGUCGCCACGUGUUUUGUCAAUAGCCGGAGCACAUGUGUGGGUUACAUUUUAAAACGCGUAACAGUCCGUCUCAAAAGACGUCCCUACGUUGGGGCGACUGCUGCUGGUUCCUGGUUCCGAAACAAUUGUAGACUCGUUGGAUUCCUAUACUCGAAACACCAAACUAUUCGAAACUGCAUAAACAUAUCUUUGUAUGUUGAUUAAUUAAUUGUUAUUACUGGAUUGGUGUCUGUGAUCUGCUUUCUUUAGCAAAUGAAAAGUAGUAACGCACACAAAUCAAAUUGUUUAGGAAAUGUUGCAUAAGCUAAGGCGCAUUUGAUUGGCGCGCUCAUUUGCCGUCGUUAAAACAGAGAACCAAAGUUGCGUGGGACGUGAAACGUGGAACGUACGUAGAACGUGGGGCCGUGGAACGUGAAACGCGUAGUCUCGUCGCAUAACUUAACGCCUGCUUUGAACUUGACACACACACACAUACGCAUAUACAUAUACGAUUUUACCAUAGCAAAGCUGAAAGGUCGCAAGUAUUAGUUUACAUAAGCACAGCGAGCACAAGAGGCACAAGUAGCACAUCUUAAGGACAAGGACACACAUUCAACACUCACAACGAUGAUCAACAUUGCUGGUGUGGUGAGCAUUGUGCUCUUCUAUUUGCUCAUUCUGGUCGUCGGCAUUUGGGCUGGCCGCAAGAAGCAAUCUGGCAAUGAUUCCGAGGAGGAAGUCAUGCUGGCUGGCCGCUCCAUCGGUCUCUUCGUGGGCAUCUUCACCAUGACAGCCACCUGGGUGGGCGGUGGCUAUAUCAAUGGAACCGCCGAAGCCAUUUAUACCUCGGGUUUGGUUUGGUGCCAGGCGCCCUUUGGCUAUGCGCUCAGCUUAGUGUUUGGUGGCAUCUUCUUUGCCAACCCCAUGCGCAAACAGGGUUACAUUACCAUGCUGGAUCCGUUACAGGAUUCCUUUGGAGAACGCAUGGGCGGUUUGCUCUUCUUACCUGCACUCUGCGGUGAAGUCUUUUGGGCAGCCGGCAUUCUAGCCGCCCUGGGUGCCACUUUGUCCGUCAUCAUUGACAUGGAUCAUCGCACCUCGGUCAUUUUGUCAUCGGGCAUUGCCAUCUUUUAUACGCUCUUUGGCGGUCUCUAUUCUGUGGCCUAUACGGAUGUUAUACAGCUCUUCUGCAUCUUUAUUGGCUUGUGGAUGUGCAUUCCUUUCGCCUGGACCAAUGAGCAUGUGCGCAGUCUCAGCGACAUGGAUGUGGAUUGGAUUGGUCAUGUGGAGCCGAAGCAACGCUGGUUUUAUAUAGACUACGGUUUGCUGCUCGUAUUUGGCGGCAUUCCGUGGCAGGUUUAUUUCCAGCGUGUACUCUCCAGCAAGACAGCUGGACGGGCACAGCUGUUGUCGUAUGUGGCUGCCGCCGGUUGCAUUCUGAUGGCCAUUCCUCCCGUUCUCAUUGGCGCCAUUGCCAAGGCAACACCUUGGAAUGAGACGGCCUACAAGGGUCCGUAUCCAUUGACUGUGGACGAGACGAGCAUGAUAUUGCCCAUGGUCUUGCAGUAUCUGACACCCGAUUUUGUGUCGUUCUUUGGCCUGGGUGCUGUGUCGGCUGCUGUCAUGUCCUCGGCUGAUUCUUCGGUGCUGUCGGCUGCCUCGAUGUUUGCACGCAAUGUCUACAAAUUGAUUUUCCGUCAGAAGGCAUCCGAAAUGGAAAUCAUUUGGGUAAUGCGCGUCUCCAUCAUUAUUGUGGGCAUUCUGGCCACAAUUAUGGCCCUCACCAUACCCUCCAUCUAUGGCCUAUGGUCCAUGUGCUCGGAUCUCGUGUACGUCAUUCUGUUCCCUCAGCUGCUGAUGGUGGUGCACUUUAAAAAGCAUUGCAAUACCUAUGGCAGCCUGGCUGCCUACAUUGUGGCGCUGUUUAUACGUCUCUCGGGUGGCGAGGCCAUUUUGGGUUUGCCCGCUCUUAUACAUUAUCCGGGCUAUGAUGAGGAGACGAACACACAACUGUUUCCCUUCCGUACCAUGGCCAUGCUGAUAAGUCUCAUUACGCUCAUCUAUGUCUCCUGGUGGACCAAAAUGAUGUUUGAGUCGGGCCGACUGCCGCCGAGCUACGAUUAUUUCCGCUGCGUAGUCAAUAUACCUGAGGAUGUGCAGCGCGUGGGCGAUCCUGCCGAGUCUGGGGAGCAACUCUCUGUGAUGGCAGGUCCACUGGCACGUUCCUAUGGUGCCGCCACCAUGGCUGGCAAGGAUGAACGCAACGGACGCAUUAAUCCAGCUCUGGAAUCUGACGAUGAUUUGCCCGUGGCUGAGGCGAAACGUAUGAAUCAGCAAACAGCACAGGCUCAGGUGCAGAAGAUGCUCGACACGGCCACUGGGAAGACCACUACAGGUGGUGGCGGUGGACAAAGUGGUCAAUCGAUGGCCAUGCCCACGCCAGAACAGGAUAACACAGCCUUCUGAGCGACAUUCCCCACAUGCAAGUAAAUUCAACAAUAACAACAACAACAGUUCUAGGUUCUCGACUAAGUUUUCUGUUGCUUCACAUGCAGUAUUAUGUUGAGCUUAUUAUGUAUCUAAUGGAUGUAAAGAUACACUCACACAUACACAUACAUACAGCGUACGUUAAACACACAAGUGCUCAGGUAAAAAGUGCAGAAUGUUGCGUCUAAAGUUUAUGAUAAUUUUGCCAGAAUUCUGUGUAUAGUUUCUAAAGGCUUAGAGCCUCAUCCACACUCAACAUCCCCAAACACACAAACACACAUUCUACAAAGGCUUUCACAUAGAAUAACUGAAGUAUCUAUAAUAAUAAUCGAGACAUAUCCAAUGUAUAAAUGUUAUAUAUAGCGACACGAAACGAAACGAAACAUAUCAAUGUCAAAACUGAACGUAACUGAAAACAUAUCAAUUGCAUUUUCCAUUCAAAGCGAAAGAAAAUGCGUUCAAAAUACAUACGUAUUAUUCUAUAUAGAAUUUAGUAAGGAAAAUUGCAGCAACCAAAAAGUAAAAAGCUAAAAACAGAAAUCGAAAUAUACAUACAUAUAUAGAUGUAUAGCGAGCCGAUUUAACAUAAAAUUCGAUUCAUUUGUUCACCGUGUAAUUUGUGUAAUUGACAAAAUGUUGUUUGAGAAUAUAUAAUAUAAAUAUAUAUACAUAUAGAUUUGUAUUGGUCCUACAGUUUUAGGUGCAUAUAAUGUGAAUCAUGUGUCCUUCCACAAAAGCAAAUAUUUGAAUGAACAAUGCGAUCAAAGCAGACUAAAUAAAACGAAACGAACAUAUCAUGAAUGCAACUGAAUAAUACUAUUAUUAAUAAUAAUACUAAAUUAUACUUUAAUACCUAAAAACAAAUGGUGGAGCGUUAUAUAGGCAAAUGAAUUUUAGCUGCUCUCAAAGAGCAAAAACCACACAAAAUAUAUAAAAAUAAAACUAACACAAAGAACUAUACAUAACAUAAUACAGAAUAGAAAUGUUAGAAAAAUGUUGCGUCAUAGUACCUAAUGCGUAUAUACACAGUUAUACAUAUACCUAUUUAUAUAUAUGUACCUAUAUAUAGAGAGAAUGCUAAAACACUGAAUUUAGUAAGAUAAUACCCAGGUGAAAAAACCAAUCUAUCUAGAUGAUUCUCUGCGGUACUCCGACAUUGGCAAAUCCAAACACGCGCUGCCUAAAACCUUUAUCCCAAUUACCAAAAGUCCGAAAAUUAAAGAAAAAAGAAUCCCAAUAUCUAAAAUCGAAGCGAAAAAUUGAACUUGUUUUUACAGUAAUUCAAUUAUUAGAGAAA